AUGAGUUCAAGCAGAGAAUACAGCCUCACAUUCGCGAUCGCGCCCCCCGCAUCCGUUCGUCCUGGUGUUCCCUUCUCUCUCCCUGUCAUCGUGGCGGUGCGCCCUAUCGGUGCUGCAAGCAGCGAUCCAUUACAACAGCUAGGCGCGGGUGCGUCUCUUCGAGAUGAAUCUGGAACCAGUCCCUCUGGCGGUCUGACCGGCACUGUUUCGACAAGCGUACGUAGCCGAGCAGGAAAUACCGCGAACGGAUAUGCUCGACUCGGUCCUCUGAGGAUUACGACCCCGGGAAAAUACAAGCUACGAGUUACAUUGGUCAACAAUACAUCCAGUGGAGUGACCGUGCGUGGAUUUAUCGAAUCAUCUGUCAUCCAUGUCCAUGCGGGUGCUGCCGCGUCUCAGCAACCAACCCCGAGUCAGGUCUCAAAACUGCAGUCAUUAAUCCCUGAGAAUAUCGGAAUAUCGCAAGCCGACAUUGUUUCCUGGCAACAAGCCUAA